CCGACCGAAUGCAACUCUCUAUCUGUCACCUAGAAUAAGAACAAGAGAACGGGGCAGCGACAACAAAGUAGGCGACCAGAAACCCAAUCGCCAAGCUCCGAGAAAAAAAAGGAACCGACGGGUAUGACAUCGAAAUGGCUGGAUUUUUAAGAACCAGAAAACGUAGUCGGGAAGAUGAUCUGCCUUGCGAAUCAACCCCACUUUCCAAGCGUAUCAACAAUCUGCAUUUAAACUACGACGAUGGGAAUAGCAGCAGCAGUAGCAACUGCAGUAUACCAAAUCUAAUCAAUGAUAACAAUAAUUAUAUAUUACCAACGAUCACAAAUGUAGGAAUCAGUCCUGCUGAAGUGGUUGGCGGUGGCAUAUAUGAAUACAAUCCCGAACUGAAUGCUGAUCAAAAUCCAUACUAUUAUGAAAAGAACAAAAUGUUAUAUGAUUUGCACGUUGAACGUGUCAAGCGAAACAAUCAUUAAGAUUUUAUAAAACACAUGGAUCCAACUUAAUGCUCUAAUAGAAACAACAAAAAUAAUAAUAAUAAUUAUAAUAAAUGUGCAUGCAACACGCUUUACUCAAGGUGAUAAAAAAAACCAAGAAAACAAUUCAAAUCUCAUAUAAAAAUAAUAAUAGGUAACACCAUACACAAAAAUGAACAAGGAAUAAUCAAAUCGCUUGCCUUAUCCAUUGGUUAACAGAAUAAAUAGCAAUAUGAUAGCUGAUAGUGCCAAUAAUUCAAGGAAAUAAACUCAGAGGGAUUACUUAGCCGAUCUUCUAUCUUUAAAAGUUCAUUUAUAAAAAAGGAAAGAACCGAUUAUAUAUUGUAAACAUUCAAAUUUCUGCGAAUUGA